UUACAGCAGAAGCUGGGAUGUCUUAUGUUGCCAAAAAGUGUGGCAUCCAGUUACAGCCUCCAUCUAUCGUCUUGAUCUAUGAAGAUCAGGUUAAGAAGAAUCUGCGCAAGCGCAUCAUGCCUGUCCGGAAUUUUACCAAAUUCUCAGAUUGCAGCAGAGUGGCAGAGCAGCUGAAGAAUAAUCCUCGGCACAAAGCAUAUUUAGAAGGGGUAUCCUUGGAGCAGCUAAAAAAGUUACACCACUUGUUGAGAUGCCAUCUGCAAGGACAAACUUUGAGUCAGAGUUUGAAACAAGUUGAGCAGAAUGAAUCAGUUGAUCCAGAAGAGGACCUAAAUAAACUGAACGAUGAAGAGCUAGCACAAAAGAAAAGAAUUAUGGAUGAGUUGUUUGAAAAGAACAGAAAAAGAAAAGAGGACCCAGGUUUUAUCUACAAUGUAGAGGUGGAAUUUCCACAAGAUAAGGAGCUUGAAGCUUGUGAGUGGGAUACAGAAACAGAGGAUGAAUUUUAAUGCAAAACUAAGCUUAUGGGACUGCUAAUAAAUUAUAUAUACUUUCUGCUUUAGUAACAAUAUUUGACUAAAGUUGUCAAUAAACGAUAGCAUUGUGUACUGUCAAAAUGAUUGACAUGUUUUUCUUUGCUUGGCAUUUAAAAUACUCUGA